UGAAAGGAAGUUUUUUUCUUGAUACGGCUGAUGGUGGAUGGGGUAGCAGACAUGUUGCUAUCGCCAAAAGUGCCUCCUGAGUCAUAACACCAUGUGAACCCUAGUUACGAACACCUUUGGGAUAAAUUAGAGCCUGCCUGUGAGCUAGGCGAUCUUGUCCAACAUCAGUGCUUGACUUCACAAAUGUGCUUCUGGAAAAAUGGUCAAAAAUUUCCAUAAACACACUCCUAAACCUUGUGGAAUGCCUUCCCAGAAGACCUGAGGCUGUUAUAGCUGCAAAAGCUCUUUUCAGGAAAGACAUGAUGUAGAGGGGUUUGUAUUAGUGGUCACAUGGAUAUACCAAAUUAGCUGUGCUGUAAAGCCGAGUCCAAAUGCGUCAUUUAUAAGACUUGAAAUCAGGGCUGCAACUAAAUAUUAUUUUGGCAAUCAACUAAGCUGCCAAUUUUUCUUUGAUUAGUCAAUUAGUCAAGUAUUAUUUCAAUAAUUCUUAUCUCCGCUUCCUGUGGGCAAACCUCCUGUUCUAGGCUCCAGUCUGCCCACCUGUUAAUAAUCUCACUGUUGUCUCGUCUCACAGAAAAUUAAAAUUAUGAUCCAGGAAACAUAGCAAUUUGAAAAUAAUCAAAUGUAUUUUUAACAUUACUCAAUAAGACUGUCAGAAUAAAAUGAAAUAAAUAAAAAUGUUAGAUUGUACAAAUUAAAGUUCUAGUAUUAUUUAAACAAAAAAAAUAGUGCAAACGGGAAAUCAAAAAUGGCUUCUGUCCAUAAGUUCAAAUAAAAGCUUCAAAUUAAAUCAAAAAGAUUUUUUUUCUAAUCCAGUGUAACAAGUUUCCGAAUUAUUGAUAUUGUUCAACCCACAGAUCAACUACCUAACGUUAGGUAGAAGAGUUUACUAUUCAGAAGAAAUGCUAUAUAUAUUAAUGUUAGGGGAAAACAAACAAACUAGGAGACAGUAUAGCAACCCCUUUUUGAUGGUUUAAUAUCGCAUUUCACUCAUUAGCUAACAAAACUGUAAUGAUGUUCAGUUAUCAAGCAUCAUCCUGGGAUAUUUCUAACAGGAUAGCUAACAUAAACAUUACUGUACAAAGAGUAACAGCGUUUAUAUGUCUGUGUAGGUUCAUGGUAAUCUAAGGAGCUUGGAAAGAAAAGCGACCAGACUUCUUUAAGUGUCUUGAAGACGUUUUACUUCUUAUUUGAGAAGCUUCUUCAGCAUUUUAAAUGCUCGUACACUGAAUUAUUGCUGUUUUGGAACAAAAGCACAGCUUUGCACAGACUGCAUUUAACUUUAUUUGUUUUUGUAUAUUUUUAAAUCUCCGUUUCCAUUUUGUUCUGUCCUCCUGCUUUGCCGUUCACACUACAUUCUUAGUUUUGGCAGACGAUAUAGGCGAUACUGCCUCCAAAACAAACUUUUGGUUCCAGUCGUGCAAGGGCCUCUCUCACCUUUAGGGCCCGGGUGGUCAGUCCCACUUUUAUCCUCACUAAGUAGGUGGCCCCCAUAUUCAUCAGUUUCUGCUUACAAUAGCCUGUUUGAAAUACUCAUUCAAACAAGUUUAUGUUUGGUUGAGUGGUUUUUGUUAGACCCUGUGAAAAAACAUGUUGUGGUUAGACCCUAUGGAAAAGUGUCUCAGAUAUACAAAUACAAAUUCAAAUUUUAUUUGUCACAUACACAAUUUUACAUAAUACGACAUGCAGUGAAAUGCUUGUUGCUGUGCAAUGCCGAACCAUAAAAAAAGCUAAACGUAGACAUAAAAGUAAACAUAAAACUAAACUAGCAAGUAAUUUAGAUAAUAUACAAAUGUAAAAUUUAAAACUUAACUGUAAAAAAUGUACAAUAAAAUUGAAGGUUUAAAAAAUAAUAAUUAAAAAAAAAAAUUAAGUGUGCAAGUAGAGACUUUGCAAAUAAACAGUGUGCAGAGUAACAGUUUGCAGUGGAAUAAAUAGUUCCUGAUGUAUAGUAAUGAGAGAGAGUCCAGUCUACACAUGGUUCAGGGACCGAAUAGCCUGAGGGAAGAAACUCCUCCUCAUUCUCUCUGUUUUGGCCUUAAGGGAGUGGAAGCGCUUCCCAGAACUCAGAAGUGAGAAGAGUCCAUUGUUGAGAUGAGAGCGAACUUCAUAAUCUUCCUGGCUUUGGUCUUGCACCGCUUAGUAUAGAUGGACCACUUUUUGAAGAUCUCGUCUGUCCUGAUUGGUGCUGUUCCCAUACCAGGUGCAGAUGUUUCCCCAUCAGGAUGCUCUCAGUGGUGCAGGAGUAAAAGUUCUUAAGCAUCCUCAGCGGGAGAUGGAAGUCUCUAAGUCUUCUGAGGUAGAAGAGACACUGACAGGCUUUCUUAACCAGAGUGUUAAUGUGACAUUACCAUGACAGGUCCUGAGUCAUGUGGAAUCCCAGGUAUCAGAAGCUAUCCACUCUGUCCACUGGCGCGCCACUGAUGUUUAGGGGCUCGUAAUUCCUCGCCUGCUUUGUACUGAAGUCCACAAUCAGCUCCUUUGUCUUGCUGACGUUUAGGAGGAGGUUGUUCUCCUGGCACUAGUUCUCCAGGUGUACGUUUCCAUUUGACUAAUUUAGAGUAUGUAGUUAUUAGAACUAGUUGUUUUAGUUAUUUUCAUUCAUACCAAAGAUUAAAUGGUAAAUGGCCUGUAUUUGUAUAGCGCUUUACUAGUCCCUAAGGACCCCAAAGCGCUUUACACAUGCAGUCAUCCACCCAUUCACACACACAUUCACACACUGGUGAUGGCAAGCUACAUCGUAGCCACAGCUGCCCUGGGGUGCACUGACGAUUAACGAUGAUUCUAAUUUCUUAAUCGACUAACCGUAAAAAAAGUUGGACUAACCAACAAGUCUAAAGAAACACUCAGUUAAAUUUAAGAACCGUUUAAAGAAAAAUGUCAAAAAUUAAUAACAAAUGCUUUUUAAACCAUUAAUCACAUUCUUCAAUAAAUGAAUCAUGCCGCUUAACUGUACGACACCUUCCAUCAUGCAUUAUCAACGUACAUCAAUUGUACGUUAUACUCCAGACAGACAACAACAAAGAACACUUAAAACAAACCGAUGUUAAAUAUGAUAUGAAAACAUGUUACUACAAAAGGUGUUCAUGUACUAUUAAAAUAUGACAAAUUAACAUUGGAAAAGUGUGGCUCAUUGUGGCGUUCAUUGUGAAUGAUGCAUGCUGUUUAAAAGUUCAUAACAACCACUUCAGUAAAACUAAAAUUCUAAAACAACAAAACAAGAAAUCAUCCAGCCAUUUUCUUCCACGUAUCUGAAUUCCAGAGGCGGCAGCAGGGAAGCCCAGGCCUCCCUCUCGCCACCUCCUCCAAAUUAUCCAGGGAAUCAUCAAGCUUUUCCCAGGCCAGCCGAUAAAUGUAAUCUCUCCCGUGUUGUCCCGAGUCUAUGCCGGGGCCUCCUCUUGGUAGGACAUGCUCAGUUGGAACACCCUACUUAUGAGAGAACUACCCUAGCCAUCUCCAUGUGAUGUAGAGGACUAGCAGCUCUACUCUGAACCCCUCCAUAAUGAGUGAAUGCCUCACUCUGUCGCUAAGGGAGUGCCCAUCCACCUUUUGGAGAAAACUAAUUUCAGCUGCCGGUGUCUGCAAACUCAUUCUAAUAGUGUUCACAAAAACAUGAAGCAGAGAUUAAUAGAUCCAGGCGUAUCUCAAUAACACGCCAUCUGGUGGCAGAUGGUUACAUAACAUUUGGGACACAAUAUCAGAAUCAGAAUACUUUAUUAUUAUUCCCCAAGAAAAUUAUGUGCUUACAGUUGCUCCAAGACAAUAAAAACAGUAACAGACUGUACUAAAUUAAAUACAAUUCAAUAUAUUACAAAAAAUAAGGAAUAGCUUUAAUAUAUGCAAAUAGCUCAAUUAUAAAUAUCCAGAAUAUUACAGAGAUUAAAUAUACAUGAUUGAUAUUUUACUCUAAACUGUAAAAAUUUGUUAUUUUCUCUGUAGAGCAGCGGGACUCAAUGUUGUUGGCACAUUUCAGGAGGACGCUGCUAAUAAAGUUACACAAUUACAGAGUGAAUUCGCGUUUUAUUAUUAUAUUUACAAAAUACCACAGUUUUUGUCUUGGCCGUAUCAUUUUAUUUUGUUGUAUUUAUCCGCGACACCUUAAAGGCCGGUCCGUGAAAAUAUUGUCUGACAUUAAACCAAUCCGUGGCGCAAAAAAGGUUGGGGACCGCUGCUGUAGAGGAUGUGCAAAAGGGUGCAACUAUUGCUAUUUUUCUUUUUUUUUCAUGGUUUGUGACUUGUUUGUGUUUAUCCUGAAAGGUCAUUGUUAAUGUACAUGAGAAAUUUGACAGAAAUGUUUUAAUAAUUAUAUUCAAGAGGAUUUGCAUGAUAUACUCAAUUAUAUUGUAGAUGUUUCAUACUUGUCUGACAUCAGCUGAGUUACUUUGCAUGGAAUGUGUUGCUUGUGCCCAUCUGUCUUGUUUCAUCUUUAGCCAGACUAAACAGUAGUCUGGGGCGCACUGACAGACACUGGCGCCACCGGGCCCUCUGACCACCACCAGUAGGCAACGGGUGAAGUGUCUUGCCCAAGGACACAACGACCUAGACUGUCCAAGCUGGGGCUCGAACCGGCAACCUUCCGAUUACAAGGCGAACUCCUAUCUCUUGAGCCACGAUAGAGUGAUAAAGAACAUUACCUCUAUCCCAGUUAUAGAUUUGUUUUGGAUUUAUUCCCAGUAAUAAAGGUGAGCACACUGAAAUGAAUGAAGGUGUGUUCACCAUUUUAAAGUAAGUCAUUUGUUACUUCCUUACAUUUGUUAAUGCUGGGAGAAUAACAAAAAUAGAUAGGCUAGUGGAUAUUUUUCCUGAAAAUCUUUAAAGAAAAACGAUUUUCCAACAUUUAGUACUUUAACCAGGAUGGUACCACAGGACCACUACACAUCAUUGUCAAGGCUACACAGCAGAUGCAGGGCACUGUGGGUCAGCGCAGCAGGACUACCGUGGCCUACAUUAUUCCAGUAGUUGGAAUAUGUGCUGCUGCUUUCCUCCUUACCAAUAUAUUCAUUUACCUCUAUCUGGACUCUGUGUAUCAGCCUGGUUUGCAGCAAGUUUCACCUCUUGUGGGCUGUGUGCCUCAACACUUUAAAAUGCCAACCAUGAAAAACUGCACUGCCUGGCUCCAGUGUUCACAAAUAAACGCUGAAGUACAUGAGCUGAAGCUGAUUGGCCAGGGAGCAGUAAAGAAGGUUUAUUUGGCAGAGUGGAGAGGUCAGAAGGUAGCUCUGUCAAGGCUAUCAUCUCUCAAUUACUUGGAGGAUUUUCUCCAUGGAUUGUCAAUGUUACAGGCCCUGCAGAGCCCCCAGGUGGUUCAGUUGGUGGGGUUUUGCCUUGAAGAGCACAUCAUUUUGACAGAACACCACCCGUUUGGCUCACUGCUUAAUCUAGAUGGUAUUCUUGAAAAAGAGCAGCACAAGCAACACAACAAUUGGGAGAUGCGGCUGAGGCUAGCUAUAGAUUACGUCACUAUCCUCCAUUACCUUCAUAACAGUCCAGUUGGGCGACGAGUUAUGUGCGAUUCAAACAGCCUUGAGAAAACUCUGUCCCAAUUUCUACUGACAAAUGACUUUCAUCUAGUAGUGAAUGACCUUGAUGCACUUCCUGAAGUGGAUAUGUCCAGAAACUUGUUAGUGAAAUGUGGCCAUCGGGAGCUCAUUGGAGAUUUUGUUGCCCCAGAGCAGCUAUGGCCAUUCAGAAACAAUGGAAAGCCAUUUUCAGACAAUCUCAUGCCAGAGUAUGAUGAGAAGACCGAUAUUUGGAAGAUCCCGGAUGUGACGUGGUUCCUUAUGGGAAAGGUACCUGGCGGGGAUUUAGUCCAUUUCCAUCUUUUUCAGAUCCAUGAGAAGUGCAAGAAGAAGGAUCCCAACGACCGCCCUUCAGCUUUUGAUGUUUUGAAGGUUUACAAAUCAGUCUACAGCAGCAUGGUACGAGACAGUGCUGGGUUUAGAGAUAUGCUUUAGAGUAAUGCCUCAUUUGAAGAGACUAUCAAUAUACAAGAACAAUUGGCUAUCUCAUGUACUUUAAUAAAUGCUCUUCACUUGUUCUGUCUGUCAGUCUUUCAGCAAAUAUUUCUGUCUGUUUAGAAAGCUGAUGAUAGAGCUGGAGUUCUUAAUAAUAUCAGCCAGGGCAUACCAUGGAGUUUUCACCUCGAAAUUCUAUACAUAAUACCCCAUAAGGGCAGUUUUUUUUUUUUUUUUUUUUAAGUUUUCCUUGAAAUUCUUGGAGUGUAUAAGUAUUCACUGCCUUUGCAGUAUCAAUCAAAAUUGAUUUCAGCUGCAUUCUAUUUUCAUUAAUCAUUUGUCAGCUGUUUCUACAACUUGACUGAGGUCCACCUGUGGUGAAUUCAGUUGAUUAGACAUGAUUUGGAAAGGUACACACCUGUCUGUAUAAGGUCCCAUAGUUGAUAGUGCAUGUCGGAGCACAAACCAAGAAAAAAAGUCCAAAGAAUUGUCUGUAGUCCUCGAAGUCAGGGAUGUGUUGAGGCAUAGAUCUGGAGAACGGUACGAAAAAGAUUUCUGCAGCUUUGAAAGUCCCAAUGAGCACAUUUACAUGAUGGCCUCUGUCAUCUGCAAGACAGAAGCCACUCUUCACUAAAAGGCACAAUAGCAUGCCUGGAGUAUGCAAAAAGGCACCUGAAGGACACUCAAAAAACAAGAAAAACAAAAAUGUCUGGCUGAUGAAUCAAAGAUUGAA